AUGGGUCCUGUUCUAACUUGGACAAACCAUCAACCUGAAGCACCCAUUGCUAAGAAGCUUGAUAGACUUUUGGUGAAUAACAUGACCAUAGCUGUCUUUCCUAACGCCUUAGCCUCCUUCCUUCCCCCACUUUUCUCUGACCAUUCACCUUGCAUGUUAGACCUAGCUUGUCCUCUGCCUGUAGCCGGUACCAAACCGUUUAAAUUCCUAAACUACCUCACUAAACACCCAAGCUUUCUCCAUGUGGUAAAAGAGGCAUGGUCUCAGGCCGGAAGCACUUGUCUGACUCAAGCGAACCUGUGUUGGAAGCUCAAAAGCAUCAAGAGUGACUUAAAAAUACUAAAUAGAGAUAAUUACUCCAACAUUCAAGGAAGAGUGAGUGAGAUUAAUUGUUUGCUUCAAACUGUGCAGGUUCAGGCGCUUCAGGCACCAUAUCCUCUACUUUUCCAGGAAGAACGAGACUUGUACCAGAAGUGGCUCUUCUUGAGGGAGAUAGAGGAAUGUUUCUUUAGACAAAAGUCUAAAAUCAACUGGUUGCGAGAGGGUGAUCUAAAUACAACAUUCUUUGACAGGAUCUACCAAACAAGAGCCAGCUAUAAUGCUAUCAGAUCCUUCCUCACGGCCACUGGUGUUAUCAUCUUAGACCCGUUCGAAAUGAGCCUCCAUGCUGUUAAUCAUUUCAAAUCAGUGUUGGGUCCAGAUAGCCUCCAGCCAUACUUUCACUCCCCUACUACUUGGUUCCAAGCGCAGACCACUUUUAGAGUCUCUGAUCAGGAGCCCAGUCAGAUGGUAUCUAUUCCCACAGCGACCGAGAUUCAGAAGACUCUCUUCAGACUGAAUCCUAACAAGGCUUCGGGUCCGGAUGGGCUUACUUCUGGAUUCUUUAAACAGUCAUGGGAGAUUAUUGGGUCAGAGGUUACUCAGUCCAUCACUCAAUUCUUCACAUCAGCUUUCCUUCCCACAUCUGCUAACUCAACCAUUUUGUCCUUGGUUCUCAAGCACCCUGGCGCUUCGAAAAUUACUGACUACAGAUCGAUAUCAUGCUUAAACACCAUCUACAAGGUCAUAUCUCGUCUGUUGGUCCAUCGUCUCAAGCCGAUCCUACCCUCCUUCAUUCUCCCGAGCCAAACGGCCUUUGUUAAAGGUCGCCUUAUUCUGGAAAACUCGGUAUGGGCUGGUGAAUUGGUAAAUGGAUACCAUAAGAAUAAGGAGCCUAAAAGACUCACUAUUAAGGUUGAUAUAGCUAAGGCCUUUGACACCUUGUCUUGGGACUUCUUAUUUAACUGCUUGGAGGGACUCAAUUUGCCUGCACUUUAUAUCAGAUGGUUGAGAGCUUGUAUUUGUACACCUUCAUUCAUGGUUGGCUACAAUGGAACGAUUAAUGGGUUUUCAGGGGAAGGAGAUGUCUGA